AUGGGUCGAGGGAAGAUUGUGAUAAGAAGGAUUGAUAAUUCUGCAAGUAGACAAGUGACUUUCUCCAAGAGAAGAAAGGGAUUAAUUAAAAAGGCUAAAGAACUCUCUAUUCUCUGUGAUGCCGAAGUUGGUCUCAUAAUUUUUUCUAGCUCUGGCAAAUACUAUGAAUUUGCAAGCACUAGCAUACAUUCAAUAAUUGAGAAAUAUAACAGAAGGAAGGAGGAAGAUGAAUUGCUGUUGAAUCCAAUUUCAGAUGUAAAGUUAUGGCAGAAGGAAGUAACAACUCUAAGGCAGCAACUACAUAACUUGCAGGAGAAUAACAGGAAAUUAAUGGGGGAGCAACUCUAUGGUUUAUCAAUCAAAGACCUAAACAAUCUUGAGAGCCAAUUGGAGUUUAGCUUACAAAGCAUCCGAAUUAAAAAGGAACAAAUAUUAAAUGAUGAAAUAAAAGAAUUGAAUCGAAAGGGAAUUCUGAUGCACCAAGAAAAUAUAGAGUUGACCAAUAAAGUAAACCUUUAUUGUCAAGAAAACAUGGAAUUACACAGAAAGGUUUAUGGGCAUGAUUCAAGAUCUGAGAUGAACUUGGGCACCGGUAACGCCUUGAUUCCAUAUGGUAUUAUCACCGCCGCCGCCGUCCCUAUUGCAGGCGACGCCCUGCGUGUGCCAAUCCAUCUUCAGCUCAACCCGCCGGAGCAACAAACUUAA